UAUGACUCCACAUUCCAGGCUAGAUCCGCAAUUCUGCCGGCGCAUUCCAACCUCAACUCCAGCUGUGAACUGUCAAACCUUCACCGCCUUCAGUUAGCGUUACCUCAAUUGAUCACCGCCCAGGACUGGCCAACUGCUUUCUUCCCUUUGCAUCAUCAUCAACAAAAACAUCAUAUCCCCGAAACUGACCAACAAUGUCCGAUAACGUCGGUCUUUCCACACCGCGUGGUAGCGGUACCUCCGGCUAUGUCCAGCGUAACCUCGCCCACUUCCGUCCGCGCGACAACUUCCAGUCCUACCCGCCCAAGGACUUUGACAGCCUAAAACACCAACCGCGCCAGCCAGACAAGGGCCUCCUCGAGCACGAUCGCAAGCGCGAAGUUGAAGUGAAGGUAUUCGAAUUGCGCGACAAGUUGGAAGAAGAGGGCGUCGAAGAAGAUGAGAUCGAAACCCGCUGCGACGAACUCCGCCAGAAACUCCUCGCCGAAAUGGAGCGCAACCAAAACAGCCGCGGCGCGCCCACCGGUCCUCGCAAGAACUUGAAGAUGCACCAGGUCCACGAACUAGCCGACGCCAAGAUCAAGGAGAGCGAGCGGUUGCGCCAGGCGCUGAAGAUUAGCCGGGACUACCAAGAGGGAAGCCACUGGAAAAAGCAGGAGGAGAGGCUGAAGGGCGCGCUUGAGCGGGAAGCAAAUGGUGGCAGCAGCAGCAUGCCGCCCCCGCCUGCACCAACUGGGCCGUCUGGUGGCAAUGACCGUGGUGGUGAUCGUGACCGUGACCGUGGCCGUGGCCGUGGUCAUGGUCGCAGGGAUAGGGAUGAGGGUCGUCUUAAUUCUAGGGAGCGCCGCGCUCCUCCCAGGGACUGGGAUAGGCCGCCAACUCCGAGAGGAAGGGGUGGAAGAGGUGGAAGAGGAGGGAGGGAGAGGGAGGUUGACAGCUAUCGGGGCGCCGCUGGUAGGGACAGGAGCAGGAGCCGAAGUCCCGUCCGGGAGAGGAGUCGCACCAGGAGCCCAGUGAGGGAGAGGAGCCUGAGCAGGAGCAGAAGCCGCAGCAGGAGCUACAGUCGGAGUCGGAGCCCGCCCCGUAGAAGGGCUGUGGACAGCCAGGGUCGCAGCCCGAGCCGGAGCAGGAGCAGGAGUUACAGCCGGUCUCCAGAUAGGGACCGGUAUCGGGAGAAGUACAGGGAUCGCGAUGACCGCGAUUAGUUUCACGACUGGAAACCGACUCGAAUGAGCUGGGCCAUCUACAAUCAAGCGCGAACAAAAAUGGCAAUGGCUCCAAUCAGUGUUCUACUAAGAAAGCGUUUCGGAGCUUACGAUAAAGGUGUCAACAAUAGGAG